GAAAUUCCCCUUUUCAGUUUCUGUGAACCGAAAUUCCAAGAAAAACGGUGUAGUGUCAGAUUACUGUGCUGGAGAAGUUCGUCAAUUUAAUUGAAAAUUGGUACCUAUGAUAUGAAUCAAAUUCACAAGGACCUUAUUACACAUAACUAUGUCAAACUGAUUGAGGCAAUCAAGCAUGAUGUGGACAGUGUAUGCAGGAACUUAAAAAAUAAUGAAAUUAUAUCUGAAAUCAUGUAUGAAGAUAUUCUGGUAAAUGCAUCACCUUCUAAGAAAUCAGAGAAACUUUUGGAUCUGAUAAUGACAAGGGGCCCUGGAGCGUUUAAUGCUUUGUACCAGGCUGUUUUAAGUGCUGAGUUAUUUGAUGCUGCUGAUAUUCUUGAACCUAAUAAAGGACCACAUUGGUCCAAACCAAAAAAUCUCACUUAUGUGCUAAAGUGCAGAAACUGCUGCAAAGUAAUGGAACAAAAACACAAAUGUCUCAUUAAAAAAAAUGAUGCCAUCUUGGUGAAAGAGAUUUCAAAAUAUGUGCAUCUCAUUGCCAGGCAACUCAAAAAUAAUAAUAUUAUAACUGAACGUAUGCAUGAGGACAUCAUGAGUGAAGAGCUAAGAAAUACCAAUAGUAAAAAAACAGAAUAUCUCCUAGACCUGAUUGUUACUAGAGGGCCCUAUGCUUUUGAUGCGCUCUACCAAGCAUUAGUGGAUGCAGAAAUCUUUGCAGCUGCUGAAAUACUGAAGCCAGGAAAUAAAUCACUUUGGAAAAAGCCUGAUGGUGUUGAUGGCGUGGAUGAAAGUAUGGCUGGUCAAACUAAAGAGAGUAAUGACUAUCUGUCUAUGUUACCCAAAGAGUGGCCUUUGAAAGAGGUUUUGACCAAUGUAACUGUGAGAAAAAUAAUUGAAAACUCAGAUAUGCAUUCAGAGUUUAACAAGACUUCAGAAAGGCAAUGCCAGAGUUGGUACCCGAUGAUUCACAAUCCUAGGGGCAGGGUGUUGAUAAUUGACAAUGAAGAGUUUUGUCAUCUUGACAAGAGGCAUGGAACAAAACAGGACUCAGAUGCCCUUAAAAAUAUUUUUCAGCAGCUUUUUUUUGAAGUAUGUGUCCAAUACAACAAGACUAAAGAGGAAAUGGUAAAGAUCAUGGAUGAAGAAAGUAAAAUUGACCACAGCAAAUUUGAUUGUUUCAUAUUGGUGAUUUUAUCACAUGGGACCACAAGUGGUAUUUAUGGAACUGAUGGGCAGUCAUCCAAAAACUUAAUAACACACAAAGAUAUUAGAAACACAUUUUGUGUGAGUCGCACACUUCGCAAUAAACCAAAACUUUUCUUUAUCCAGGCUUGUCGUGGAAAAAAUAGGGACACAGGCCAUGAAAACGAGAAGUCAGAUUCCUGCUCAAAUGGAGCUAGUAUUGCAGAUUUAGUAGAAGAACUUCAAUUUGAAGAAGUCUCAGAUGGGGAUAAGAUACCAACACAUGCAGAUUAUUUAUUUUCCUUAUCGACAACAUCAGACAAUGUAUCCUGGCGUAUUGGAACAAUUGGCUCCUGGUUCAUUCAAGCCAUUGUAUAUGUGUUUGCCAACUUUGCACAUUGCUGUGAUAUUCAAGAACUUCUAACUUUGGUUCAUUCUCUGGUGAGCAGAGCUGAAACAAAGUUUGGCAAGAAACAGAUGCCAUUAAAAAAAGACACUUUGAGACAUAAGUUUAGCUUUUUCCCAGGGCUAUACAAAUCUUAAGCCUUAAUACUUAUUCACUGGAUGUUUUUGGGGAGUGUAUAAGAUGUUAUAACCUAUUGUUACCUCGCAUUUUUUAACAAUGUAGAUCUAGAUGUUAACAGAAAAAUCUAUCAGUACCAAGGAACUAUUGGUUAUAUUCCAAAAAAUGGAUUUAUUCUUUAAAAUCUAAGUUAAGUGUGCCUAUGAAUCACUAAACAAUCUGUUUAAAAAAUUCAGCUGUAAUUGCUCAAUACUUAACCAGUUGUGCAUCAGUCAUAUUUAUAUUAUUGAUACAUAAUUUACCCUAUAAAACAAUAGGACAUAAAUGAAGACUGAGGCCUCUUUAGAUCUUUUUUUUUGGCAAAAAAACAUAAUUCCAGUUAUAGCCUAGCCACUAAAAUAAUGAGGGUAGGCCUUGUCAAGUAGUAUUUAUACUUUAUCACAACUGCUGACUCUGCUUGGACAAUGAAGCUGACCUUUGUCCAACUUUCCUAGUAAAUUAUCUCCUUAAUGGGCUAUUCGUAAAUUAAAUCACACAUUUGGGGAGAGAGGAAGAGAUUAGGAAGGGUGAGUUCACACUUUAGUGAAAAAAGCGCAGCAUGAGCGAGAGGGGUUCAGACUUUUGUUUGACUUACAUGGUGGAGUGUCAAGAAAGGUGAUGGAUUUACUUUAUAUACUUUCUGCUAAUUAAAUGGUUGCAUUGUCAUUGAUCCCUACUCCAGACAAGCUUUGGACUCUCAGAUAACCAAAAAUCAUAUGGGCUAGCUAUGACAGUCCAAUUAUUACACAUUUGAAGAUAUAAAUUCUCAUUACAGUAUUUUAAAAUUUUUGUAAAUUAAGUUUUUUUAUUUUUAAAAGGUCAUAAAAAAAUAAUUCAGUUUACUAACUUAAUGUAGACUUUUUAAAAAGAAAUUAUCAUUGCACUUUACCUAUAAUUAUUAUAUAAUAUUGGUUGUUGGUGCAUUACUAUGCAAUUUUUUUAAAGAGAUAAGUUUUUAAAAUAUCUCUAUAAAAUGACCCUUUGUUAUUUCAGCAAUGAAUAUUGUACUGUUAAUAAAUGAGUU